AUGCCUGAUGACGCAGCGAAGAUGCCCCAGGAUGUCGCGCAACGGAGUCUCCCUUAUACGACUUCCAACGGGUGCCCAGUCCUGAGGGGGGAGAGCAAUCCAGCCAACGGGAAAGAUCUUUUAAUCAAAGAUCACUACUUGAUUGACAUGCUGUCAAGGUUUAACCGAGAAAAGAUACCGGAGCGCAGCGUUCAUGCUAAGGGGGCUGGGGCAUAUGGAGUGUUUGAGGUUACGGAUGACAUUUCUGAUGUCUGUAAUAUCGAUAUGCUUCUGGGGGUCGGCAAGAAGACCCCCUGUAUCACGCGCUUUUCCACGACCACCAUGGAAAGUGGCUCCGCCGAGAUGAUGCGGGAUUUCAAGGGAAUGGCCGUCAAGUUUUUCACUGUGCAAGGUAACUGGGACUGGGUAUGCCUGAACUUCCCGUUGUUCUUCAUCCGGGAUCCCAUCAAGUUCCCCGGCUUGAUGCACGCCCAACGACGUGAUCCACGAACCCACCUUGUCAACCCCAAUACAUAUUGGGAUUGGGUGACGUCCAACCAUGAGUCUCUGCAUAUGGUGCUGGUCCAAUUUAGUGACUUUGGCACUAUGUUCAAUUGGCGAGGGAUGAGCGGCUAUGUGGGCCAUGCAUACAAAUGGAUCAUGCCGGAUGGGAGCUUUAAGUAUGUCCACGUGUUUCUGGCGUCCGAUACGGGGCCAACCUUUUUUGAGGGGAGCGGAAUGCCGAAUCACCGCGACCUAGAUCCCGACGCCGCCACCAGAGACCUCUACGAGGCCAUUAAGAGCGGGAAUUACCCGACCUGGACGGCGAACAUCCAAGUUAUUGACCCGAAGGACGCACCCCACGUGGGCUUCAACAUCCUCGACCCGACGAAGCAUUGGAAUUUGGGGACAUACCCUAAGGACCUGCAGAAGUUCCCUGCCAGGCCUUUUGGAAAGCUCACUCUAAAUCGAACGCCAGAGAACUACUUUGCCGAGAUCGAACAGCUGGCUUUCUCGCCAUCCAACAUGGUUCCAGGUGUCCAGCCCUCUGAGGACCCCAUUCUCCAAGCGCGCAUGUUCGCCUACCCGGACGCCCAGCGCUAUCGCCUUGGGGCCAAUCACCAGAAUAUCCCCAUCAACCGAUCCAAAAACACUUUCAAUCCUAUUAUGCGAGAUGGGCUCGGUACAUUCGACAGCAAUUAUGGGUCCCUACCUGGUUACGUGCCUGGCGACAUUCCACCGACAAGGGGCCAUGCGCAGUUGUCGGAGCCAGAUCUCCAGUUCAAUGAUUGGGUGUCACAGGUGUCAUCGCAGCCCUGGGCACAGUCCAAUACAGAUGACUACAAGUUCCCCCGAGAGUUUUACUUAAUUCUCCCCGAACUCCGCACUCAAGCGUUUCAAGAUCGAAUGAUCCAGAGCCUGGCGGAUUCAGUCGCGCAAACUAGAAAGGAAAUCCGGGAACGAGUUUACGACAGCUUCUAUCUGGUUCUGCCUGAGCUCUCCGAUCGCGUCCGGGUGGCGACAGAGAGGAUCAUCUCCGAGCGAGGACCGUUAGGAUCACAGAAACUGUAG